AACGAAUCGAUAGAAAGUGUGAACAAAAUGCACUUCCCAGUUAAAGAUUGUGAAUCCCUCUUAAGAGUAAUAUACAUUUAACAAAAGCACAAAAGAAAAAAACAUUUAACAAAAGCACUAUGUGAGAUACUCAAAAAGCCAAGACAAGGGCCGUGGGUCCAAGCAAUUGAACGUUGGCUUGCCGGCGGCCAAGACGCUACCACCGCCACCAACCCCAUCCCACCAAAGCAAAUUAGCCAAAAAGGCAAAAUUGUGGUAGGUGAAAGCCAACGUAGUGAGUCUCAGUUGCAACUUGGUCAACUUAUGAUGUCUACCACUACCAAUGACCAAACCUACCCUCCUCUUCCUCCCCCUCUCAAAUUCCCCCAACUCCCAUAUCCCUCAUUUUCUUACCAAACCCUCUCCUUCUUCCACCUUGUCCGAUCUCUACCCACGCAAAUAAAACAUUAAUAAACAAUAGUCAAUCACAAAUCAUUCCAAGAUGAAUAAUUAAUCAAGUGAUUUAAUUCUAAUGAUUAUAUUUUGCUGUUAUAGUUCAUUUUUAUUAAGAUGACUAAUAGUUAUUUAAAAGUAAUUUAUCUUGUGGGACGAUUAGAUUCUCAGAUAUUGUACUCCAUCUGUUUUAAGAAAAAGAUCCACAUUAAUUUGUUACAUUUGUAUUUUAAAAAAAUAUUAAUAUCAAAAUUUAAUGUGGACAAUUUUGUUGACAGAUAUAGUAUGAUUUACAUAAAAGAUGAAAACAUUCUUUUACAAAUUUAGCCUUCAAACAACCCCAUAACCCCAAACAACUCCUCCUCACCAACCCCCUUUAACAUCACAUUCCUACCUUCAACUACAAAUAGUGUGUCAUCACCCAAUCCACAAAUUAGGCGCAAUUAACACACACUCAUGAAAUUGUGCCACCAUUUUCCCACACCAACACGAGCGGCACCAUUAAUCCAUUUCUAAAGCUUUCUUUGCAUUUCUUUUCCAAAUUAGUCAGUCAUCAAGCAAACAAACAAUGGCCGUGAAAGCUAAAGAAGAAACAGAGUUCAUUUACAGAUCAAGGCUCCCAGACAUUUACAUCCCAAAACAUCUCCCCCUUCAUACUUACUGCUUCGAAAACCUUUCCAAAUUCAGCUCACGCCCCUGUUUGAUCAAUGGCGCCACCAAUCAAGUAUACAGUUUCGCCGAAGUUGAGCUCAUUUCCCGUAAAGUGGCUUCCGGGCUCAACAAGCUCGGGAUUCAGAAAGGAGACGUGAUCAUGAUCCUCCUCCCAAAUUCCCCUGAAUUCGUCUUCGCCUUCAUGGGCGCAUCAUUCCGGGGCUCCAUUUCCACCAUGGCCAACCCGUUCUUCACUUCCGCCGAGGUUAUCAAGCAAGCCAAGGCUUCCAACGCCAAAAUCAUCGUGACCCAAUUCGCCUACGUGGAUAAAAUCAGGGAUUUCGCAAUCGAAAACGGGAUUAAGAUCAUCUGUAUCGAUACGGCGCCGGAAGGGUGUUUACACUUCUCUGAAUUAACUUCCGCCGACGAGAACGAGUUGCCGGAAGUCGAAAUCAGCCCGGACGACGUGGUGGCGCUGCCGUACUCCUCCGGGACAACCGGGUUCCCAAAGGGAGUGAUGUUAACACACAAAGGAUUGGUCACCAGCGUGGCACAACAAGUGGAUGGGGAAAAUCCCAAUUUUUACAUUCACGAACAAGUGAUGAUUUGUGUUCUUCCCCUGUUUCACAUUUACUCCCUGAAUUCGAUCCUGCUUUGUGGGUUGAGAGCCGGGACGACGCUUCUGAUGAUGCAGAAGUUCGAGAUCGUGCAGUUCUUGGAGUUGAUUCAGAAGUACAAGGUGACGGUCGGAGCGUUUGUGCCGCCGAUUGUUUUGGCCAUAGCCAAAAGUCCGGUCGUGGAUAACUAUGAUUUGACUUCCAUGAAGACCGUCAUGUCCGGAGCUGCGCCACUUGGAAAGGAGCUUGAAGAUGCUGUUCGGUCCAAAUUUCCUAACGCUAAACUUGGCCAGGGUUAUGGUAUGACAGAGGCUGGGCCUGUGCUGGCAAUGUGCUCUGCCUUUGCUAAAGAACCCUUUGAGAUUAAAUCAGGUGGAUGUGGUUCAGUCGUUAGAAAUGCUGAGAUGAAGAUUGUUGACCCGGAAACUGGUUCCUCUUUGCCCCGUAACAAACCCGGUGAAAUUUGCAUUAGAGGCGACCAAAUCAUGAAAGGGUAUCUUAAUGACCCUGAAGCCACAGAGAGAACCAUAGACAAAGAAGGAUGGCUACACACAGGUGACAUUGGGUACAUUGAUGAUGAUGACGAACUUUUCAUUGUUGAUCGCCUCAAGGAGAUCAUCAAAUACAAAGGGUUCCAAGUGGCUCCGGCUGAAAUUGAAGCCUUGCUGAUCAACCAUCCCAACAUCUCCGAUGCCGCCGUUGUCCCAAUGAAAGAUGAGGCAGCUGGUGAAGUUCCAGUGGCAUUUGUUGUUAAGUCAAAUGGCUCCGAUAUUACUGAGGAUGAAAUCAAGCAAUUUGUCUCAAAACAGGUGAUUUUUUACAAGAGAGUAAACCGUGUGUUCUUUGUCGAUGCCAUCCCCAAGUCACCAUCGGGCAAAAUACUGAGGAAAGAUUUGAGAGCUAGAUUAGCUGCUGCUCCUAAUGGUGUAUCAAAUUGAAUCUAGCCCAAAAAAAAAAAAAACAAAAAAAUAUAAGAGAAGGAACAACUCUGAAGGUUGAAAGGUUGUGAUUAUGGAGAAAAUGAUGGGCUUAAAAUCUUACUAACAAAUUUUUUUUGGGUGUGCUCGCAAAGAUGAUUGAGUUGUGCAAUAUAAGAUUUCUUCGAUGCCAAGGGCAAAUCUCCAAGAAAUGUUGUAAAUUGAAAUGACUUAUCUGUAUAAGUAAAUGAAAUGCUGUUAAUUUUGGCUGGGUUAUUCGUGCAUAAAUCCUAGAAUUUUCAUUGUUGAGCGAUCCUAAUUUAUCUAUAGUAUCUAUUUAUAAUAUACUAGAUGCUUGGCCCGGGCGGGUGCCCGGUCUAACCCUUAACAUUUAUUUUUAUAAAAUAAGUACAUUUAUACUUUUAUGUAAGUA